GGGCACACUCAGCCAGCGCUUGCCGCCGGGGUCCCCCAGCGCCGCAACAGGGGAGGGCACCGCGGUCCGCUGCUUCUCGCGCUUCAUCAUGUGCAAGAUUACGCUGAAAAAGCCAACGGGGGCGUAUUUCGAUGCGGGGCAGUUCGUGGCCGAGUACUACAUGAAACAAGCGGCGCCACAUGAAACCAACUACACUGCACGCCUAGAAGCGGCGAAUGGCAUGGGCCCGACAGUCCUGAACGACCCUACCGUGCUUAAGGUCGUUUUUGCCGUACGCUCCAAAAGCCACAAGGACAUUGGUCGCGUGCUAUUGAACGAGGACGAGCUGAUAGAGCGCUGCAACCGGCAAGAAGUGAAGUUCCCGACCGACCCGGGGGUCACCAUCUUCCGCAGCGUGUACUGCAUACGGCACGUGUUUGGUGUGGACAACCUGUACGACAUGUGGCUUGUACGGCGCAUGGACGUGCUGGUGGGGGUGCAUGGCUCGGCGCUGACAAACGCGAUGUUCAUGCGGCGCGGGUCCGCGCUGAUUGAGCUGCGGCCCUUUGGUUUUAGCGGCCGGGAGUCCUGGCCUAACAUAUACAUGAAGGCCCAGACCCGCCACAUGGAGGUGUUCUGGUUCGGUAUCGAUGUCAUGAACGCCUCCCUCUCCACCCCCGGGGACUUUGAGGCGGACAUGCAGGACAUCUACACGCGCGCCCGGGGCUGCCUUGCGCGGGACCGCAACCUGAUCGUCCCGUGGGUCGCUCUGUCGCACCAGCUGCUCAACAUUGCGGUUGUGAGCCGCUCCGUGUGGCGGUACAAGGUGCUGAGGUACAGCCACGCCUACUACGUGACGCAUGACCUCAAGGCCGUGGAGGCGCCAGGUAAGGAGAAGUGGGUGGCUCCGGAGCUGCUCACCUGGUUCACGGACCUGGAUGCGGAGCGGGCGAGGGCGGCAGCCAUCCCGCUCACACCGGAGGGCGAGGCGGCUGCGCAGACGGCGGAGGAGCAGCUGAUGGCGGCGAUACAGCGGAAGCGGCGGGCAGCUGAGGCGGCGGCGGCUGCGGAGGAGGAGCAGGAGGUGGCGGAGGGGGGAGGAGGAGGGGAUGUUCGGGGGGCACAGCAGGGCGAGGCGCAGCAACGCACGGGCGGGGUGGC